AUGUAUUUCACAGAAUACUUACCACGAUUGAAUAGUAUAUCAGUGGUAUCAGAUGUACCAGAUAAUACCACUCUUGAAGACAUUUCAGGAGUUAGUUUAAAUUCAUCAAUGGAGUUAUCCAUACAAUUAAAACAAUCAUCACCAAUUAAGAUCAAAUCCCCAAUUCCAAUCAAUGAUUUGAAAGUAUCAGGAGUAAAACUUGUAAACAAUACACUAUCAUUUUCAAUAAAACUUUCAGAAUUCACACAAGAAACACUGCCAUUUACAGAACAAACAAUUGAUCAAUGGUCAUGUAAAGAUCUUUCUAGAACACCAGAAAUCAAUGGUCGUCAUAGUUUCAAAUUUAUUUGUAAUAAUUGUAAAUUUCUGUUAAUUGAAUCAUAUGGUUUUAAUUUCAAAGAUAUGCCCUCGGAAUUAUGGUAUGAAAUGAUGGACUUUUGGCACUGUCAUAAACCUGACAACCAUGAAGAACAUAAAAAGGAUUACAAAGGUGUAUUAAAACCAGAUUAUGGUACCAUUAUUGUUGGUGGUUAUUAUUUGCUACAGAAAUAUAAUGAAAAUAUCAUACAGAUAAAUGAUACGCUCACUUGUAAAUCAUGUGAAUGCAUUUUAGGAGAAAUGUAUCAAGAUGUUAUGAGAAUUUACAAAUGGACAAUUCUGUUAGAAUAUGAAAAAGAUAAUCAAUUGAUUCGAGAGAGUUACAAUUCUGGUUUGUUUAUCUAUAAUUUAAUGGUAGAUAAAAUCAAUUCAACUGCCACCAGAAAGUUUAAACUAGAGAUUAACGAUAAAUCAACAUUUAUAUGGGUAAUGAAUCUUGGUUUGAAUGUGUGUGUGAAUGGAGCUGUACAUGAUAAUGCUCUUAAGCUUUUGAUAUCAGAUGAUGUACAAAACAAAGACGAUUAUGAAACUUUAGACAUCCCAGAUGAUGAGAUCACCAGUAAGUUCUUACAAGAUUUAACAGAGACAAACAAGCUUCUUCCGAAAUCUAUUCAAAGUCUAUCAAUGGGAUCUAAUAAGUUUAUAGUAAGUUAUUUAAGUUAUAAAUGA